AACAGUGGACAAGUGGAAGGAAUCAUGCCACCCCAGCAUCCGCUGCUUAAUAACACUCUGCCCCAGUUUGUGAGUCUGGACUUCCCCCUGGACCAUCUCCUGGAACAGCUGAGACCUAACCUGAAAAUCAGGCAGCAGGUGGCUGAGCUGGAAACUCGCCAGAAGACCUUGGAGAACAUUGUCUCAGUUCUAAGCCGGGAGCUGGAAUCUCACCAUAUCCUCCUCUGUACUUCCAUGUAUUCUUUCCAGAUAGAACAGCAAGAUUCACUCUUGGCUCUGAAAGAUGUGAUGAUCAGCAACUUGGUAUCCCGGAUCCAGGCCUUGGAGCAAACCAGCUAUGAUGGGUGUUUCCUCUGGAAGAUCCCCAGGGUGGCGAUUCGAAUGCGGGAAGCGCAAAUGGGCAAACGGCCUGCCCUUUAUUCCCCCCCAUUUUAUACCACCCGGUAUGGCUAUAAGCUCUGCCUGAAGCUUUUCCUGAACGGAGACGGGACCGGUGCUGGAACUCACCUUUCGCUCUUCCUGGUUGUGAUGAAAGGAGAACACGAUUUUCAGCUGAAAUGGCCUUUCCAACAUAAGGUGACCUUCACUUUGUUGGAUCAAGUCAACAAUCGUCAUGUUUCCACCUCUUUCCGUUCCUUGGAAUCCUCGUCUUCAUUCCAGCGGCCCAUCAACGAAACCAACGUGGCCAGCGGCAUCCCCACGUUCUACCCCUUGAACUCACUCCACGAACCAGGGACUGGCUACAUCCAUAAUGACAUGUUAGCCAUUCAAGCUGUGAUCGACACAAAGGCUUAAACUA